CCUCCCACUAUCGACAAGAAAAAUAAAGCAGCAGUCUUUCACUACCAGAAAACAUCUCGUUACAUAUUUGUCAUUCUCCGAUCGGAAAUGGAUUUUCACAGUCUUGCAAGGAAAGAGCUCCAAGCUCUCUGCAAGAAGAACAAGAUCCCAGCAAACAUGACCAAUGUCGCCAUGGCCGAUGCUCUCAAAGCUCUUGAGAAGGUGGAAGGACUUGAUGAACUCAACACCAGAUCCGAUCCUCAGGAAUCACCGGAGAAAACUAAAAAUGCGGAGCCUCGAACUGCAUGCAGAACUUCAACUAGGAGAAAACCUAUUAAUGUUGAGCCUGAAAGUUCACAACCCAAGACUCGUACUCGCCAUGCAACAAGAAGAAUGGUUGCUGAAGAGCCUGAGCAAGAAAACAAGAAUGUUAACCUACCGGAGACUCCAGCAAUGACCACCACCAGGAGAAGGGCGCCAGCUGCUUCAGCAACCCGAAAAAUGGAUGCCCAAUUGAUGGAAGUUGGGGAGGAUGAGAAACUAGUAGGUCAAGAGAAAAGUGAUGUGCCAGAGACUCCAGCAAUACGAACCUCCCGAAGUAAGACUCCAGCAGUUUCAACUAGGAGGAAAAUUGAGGGUCAGAAGGAUGAGAAAUCGGUUCAGACAGUGUACGCUACAAGGCAGUCAGUGAGAUUGUUGGAGAAAAGCAUGGCAGAGUUGAGCUUGGAGAAAAGGAGAGUUGAAGCUGUGAAGAUUGAGGGAUUGUGUGAGAAAACUAAGGAAGUUGAACAGAAGAAUGAUGUGCCUGGAUGUGAUUCCCAACUUCUUUCAUGCCAAAAUAUAGAUGAGUCGUUAGAGAAUGAAAGUGGAAUGAAGCUUCAAGGGGACAACAAGAGUAAUGACCAGGAAGGGGGUGGUUCAGAAGUUCUUUCAUGGCAGAACUUGGAGCAUUCUCUAGAGAAUCAAAGUGAAAUGAAGCAUGAAUUUCAAGAGGACAAGACUGAUGACCAUGAAAUGGAUAACUCAGUAGUUUCCCUCCAAAACUUGGAUUUACCUCCAGAGAAUAGAAGUGAAAUGAAGAAUGAACUUCAUGACCACAAAAAUAGAACUAACCAUGAAGUGGGUUCAGUCGUUCUUUGCCAGAACACAGAUCAGUUGCUAAAGAGUGAAAGUGAAAAUAAACUUCAAGAGGAUGAAAAGAUAAAUGAUAAUGAAGUGGUUGAUUGCAGUGUGAAAAUGGAAGUAGGUUAUGAGUCUUGCACUAAUUUGGAUAAUGAUUCAGGAUUUGGAAAAGACGAUGAAAACAAUAGUAAUAGUUCAGAAGAAUCAUUUUUUCUGCUAGUGGAAACCUCAGAAAAGGCAGUAGAUAUGAAUUGUGAUUCCAUGGAUGAGAACGGACCAGAUGUGAUAACUGAAAACUCUGAGACUUUGAAUGCUGCAUUGAAUCCAGAAAUUGAAAAAGAAUUGAAUGGCAAUAAAGAUUCUUUGAUUGUAGAAGUGUCUGAUGACAAUUCUGUUUUAUUCAUGGAAACAAUUGUUAAUAUUCCAUAUGAAGUUUCAGUUGAGGUCAUCGAUUCAUUGACCCCUGAGGUAUCUGAAACUGUGGACAAAAGCUCUGAAAUGAAUUUGAUGGAGAAUGAGCAUCAUGACAUUAAUGAUCCGCAUCCAGAUGCUGCUACUGAGGAAGAUUGUGAUGGCAAUGGAUCACUUGAAGAAGUUCAAGAAAAUAACAAUACAGAAAAAAUCCAAGAGAAGGCUCCACUUCUUCCACAAGGUGAUCAUGAGAAGUCAGAGAGCAGAAAGGAACCUCGAAGCCCUGGGUUCAUUCUCCGGUAUGAAAAAUGCAAGGAAGCUUCAGAUAACUUGGCAAAUGAGUAUAAUAUUGAUGAUGUUAAUGUAAUUGAAGCUAAAGAAUCUGACAUGAUAGUCCAGAAAAGCCCUUUCUGUUGUAUUAUGGCUUCUUCAGACAGUGAAGUUGCUGACCAUGUGAUUCCAGAACAAGAAUUUGCUGAAUUUCCUUUGGUUGAUGACCAUGUGAUUCCAGAACAAGAAUUUGCUGCGGCUGCAUACAAAUGCAUUCAAACAUUAAACAAGUCGCCAACUUCCUCAAAGCAAAUGUGUCCCUAUCAACCUGUUGUUUCUAGAGAUCAAUUCACAUGUGGCAUGGUGAUCUCCUCACCAUUUGCAGCCAACAUAAUUCAGGUUCAGUCUCCUCUGCCAAAUGAAUCAACAAGGAAAUCUUCUACUAAGAAACAGACAACAAUUCAGAAGAUCAUCUAUGCAGACAUCAACAAAGAGAACAUUGACAACAAUGGCAGAAAAAUAGAGCCUAACAAAGAUAAAGUGAAGAAGGUUGUUAAUGAAGAGAAAUAUGAGGACUUUAGCCUAAGGAAGCUAACUAAGAUGCUGAAAGAACUGCAGAUUGCCAAGGAGGCUAGAAAUGUCUCAAAGCAGGUGGGAACUAGACCAGCUUUGCAGGCACUGACAGAGAAUUGUAGAGCUGCUGGUGAACCAGAAAACAAGAACUGAGACGCUUUGACAUUAAAUUGCAGAUAGCACAUGUGUGCAUACCAGAGUGAUAUGAGAAAGACUGAAUGAGUAAUAAUACCCAACAUUUUGCUUAUUAUGAUUGAAUAAAGACGGAAUACAUCAGUAUUGCCUUAUCAAUGGUUUUCCAUUUGGCAACA